AUGUACGACCGGAAAGAAGAAGCUGUAGUACUUACAAAGGACACCCAUUUAGCAGGUUAUCAUGGUGUCGGAUCGUUGCUAGAGGAAGGCUGGACUCUGAGAGUUCCAAGUUCUCUCAAUCUUGAUGACCCAGAUACAGAGAUAUUCGUUCCUGAACCCUUUCAUCCUAUGGCACUAGUUAGUGGACAAGUUCAAGGUAGAGAAAUCAUUCAAAAGUUUUAUCCAAAUGGAACUCCAUUUCUUAUAAUAUUUCCUGAUGGAACUGGAAAUGUUUUUUAUCCUUCUGGAAGAAUUGCUAUUUUAAUCACCAGUGUGACACUAGGACAGAAUACUUAUGUUGUUCUUGAUGAUAGUACAGAAUCACAGAUACUCGCAGUCUUUGAUGCAACUGGUUGUGGAACUUGCUAUUUCAUGGAUGGAAAAAUUAGGUUAAAUUAUGAUCAACAGGGCGGAAUUGAAUUAGAUUUGACUGGGUCAAGAAGAAGAUCUUGGAUCUGGAAGGAUCAUGAAACCCACGUCCAUGCUCCGCCUUUCCAGCCCAUAGUUUUUGGCAUGAACUACUUUCUAAGUGUCCGAGUGAUGUCACAGGAGAAUAUAGCCUUAUCCCUAACUGGAAAAAAAAGAAGCUGUAGAUUUAAUGUAGGCACCAAAUUAAAGAUGGUGAUGCCUGAGAAUUAUCUUGACAAGUUCAAUGAAUAUCAACUUUACAUAGAUGAGCAUAAACUCCACAUUCAAAGUUUAAUGAUCAAAGUCAACAAUUUAUUGAAGUUUCCCAAGUCUCCCAAACUGGACUCAAUGUUACCUCCUGUAUCUCUAACAUCUAAACAAUUCAAAGUCAAUCAGAAACGACAACAAUUGAAUUCCUUAUCUCCAAGAAAUAAAGAAAAGAGAAUAACAAAACAGCACAGAUUACCUCCCUUAGACCAGACCUCUGUCAUUGUAAAUUAACUAAGGACUGGAUGCUCCAAAAAUACAAUGUAGAGAAUCUUUUCUCUGUAGUCUGUGAGAACUCUAUUAAACAGUCUAAGUUUUCAAUAGCUGCUAAAGUUACAUAAGUUGAAAAUAGUCUCUUCUUGAAAAUGCAUCAUUUGGUCACUAUCUGACUAGUCUAAAACGAGACCAAACAUGUUAUUUUGUUACCAGUUUUAACUAAUGCUUUUGUAUUUAUUUUGAAAUAUAUUAACAUUUUGUUUUUAGUAAAUUAUUUCAUAUAAAAAAAUAUAUAUAUUUUUGAAGAGCUACAUUGUAUAUAUUUUAAACUCAUGUUUUUCUUGUCUAAUUUACAUUAACAUUUUUUAUUUUAAAAAUUCAUUCCUGUUUGUUUUUGUUUUAUUUAUUCUUUAAAACCUGUAGAUAAAGUGCUUUAUUUUUACCCAGUGACAUGGACACAAAAAAAAGAUUUUUUUAAAUAAAUAAAAUAACUACACACUAAGUUCCAUCAGUCAAAGAGGAUGUGAUAUUUUGUAAGCUUUAUGGCAUAUAUCAGUAUACUUGUAUUAGGAAAAGUAAUUUUUUCUUUUUUUACUUCUAAGCAGCAAAUGUUUUGCCAUGUGGAAUAUCUUGAAAUGUGACUAUAUAAUAAAUUUAUUGUUCAAUGUUUGAUGUGUUUAAAAGAAUGGGCUCUUCUUCGACAUUAUUAUAUAAGUUAGAAACAUUCCUUCGGAAAAGAUCAUCCUGUGUGUGCCCGUGUCACUUAGACACAUUUGUCGCAUCAAAAUGAAGACAGGAGAAUAGAAGUUUAGUAUUCUCUAGAAUAACUAUGCAAACAAUUAACUUUAUUUUACUUUGCCCUUCAGCUGGUAUCAGCACUCUAAUAGUUAACUGACCCAUGCUAGACAGUCACAUAUGAAACUUGAUCAGCAGUUUAUUCCUCCAAACAAAAAUAUCUAGGGUCACCCGGUGUGUCAAUACACACUAUACCAAUAUUGGUAAUUUAAAACGAGCACACCUACUGUCACUAAUAUCUUAUUUUGUUUAUAUGUAAAUAUAACUAAACCCAGUUACAAAUAAACUUUCAAUAUGCA